UGUAGAGACACUCCAGUUACAUUCAGUCGUAGAAAUUGGUCUGAAAUGGGGAGCGAUGACGAUCGCCCACCUAGAGGCGAGUGCCCGGAGUGCUCCAAGCUGGUGUCCAAGUCAAAUAUGGCUAAGCACAGGAAGAUCUGCGGCAAAAAGAAGCCUCGGAAGUCACGCAAGGCUAUUAACCGUGACUCGUACGUCCGAAACAAGGACAAAAUCCUUCGCAAGCGUCAGGAAUAUCGUCUAGCCGAUCAGUUUCGACGCCUUUCAGCUCGCGGAGUUGGAGCCGCAGGAAAUAGAAGUGGAGGCUGUUGAACGGACAGCGUGGACGCCGGUCACCCCGAGCAACAUUCUGUAUGGCGUGAGGGAGGGAUGGUGGAAAGACAUUAAAUUAUGAAUUCUACGACUUUUCAUUAUAAAAUUCGCCACGCUUGUAGAUCGAGACAUAGUCUGCAUCAUACUAUAAAAUACGAGUUCAGACAAAAAUGUACGAUACGGUCAGAGCUUAAAAUA